GGGAAGAUGGCGACUGUGUACAUGAUGGUAAACUGAAUGGACGAAAAGCAGCAAAAUAAUUCGUACAAGUCCCCCCUCUUAUCCCCUUUACAUCCCGAUCCACAUGCGUUUACAUUGAAAUCAACGGCAUUUUAACCUAGUGUGAAGAACUAGGAUGAUAAUAUGACCCAGAAAAAGAAGAAGCGGGUGAAUCGCAGUUUGUUGCUGGCGAAGAAAAUCAUCAUCAAGGAUGGAGGAACGCCUGAAGGGUUUGGGUCUCCCAGCGUUUAUCACGCCGUCAUCGUCAUAUUUCUGGAGUUCUUUGCUUGGGGUUUACUGACGGCACCUACUUUGGGAGCUCUCCAUGAAACCUUCCCGAAGCACACGUUUCUCAUGAAUGGCUUGAUUCAGGGGGUUAAGGGUCUUCUGUCGUUUUUAAGCGCUCCUCUGAUUGGUGCUCUGUCAGACGUGUGGGGGAGAAAGUCAUUUCUUUUACUCACUGUGUUCUUCACAUGUGCUCCUAUUCCUUUAAUGAAGAUAAGCCCAUGGUGGUACUUUGCUGUUAUCUCUGUAUCUGGAGUGUUUGCGGUUACAUUUUCGGUUAUUUUUGCCUAUGUGGCCGACAUCACCCAAGAACAUGAGCGCAGUAUGGCGUACGGCAUGGUUUCGGCUACGUUUGCGGCGAGUCUCGUAAUAAGCCCUGCGAUCGGUGCGUAUCUAAGUCAGGUGUAUGGAGACAGUCUUGUUGUGGUUUUGGCUUCUGCUAUAGCCAUGCUGGACAUCUGCUUCAUCCUGGUGGCUGUGCCUGAAUCGCUUCCUGAGAAGAUGAGACCAGCGUCCUGGGGCGCCCCUAUAUCAUGGGAACAAGCAGACCCCUUUGCUUCUCUGAGGAAAGUGGGUCAGGACUCAACGGUUCUGCUCAUCUGUAUAACAGUGUUUCUGUCUUAUCUGCCUGAGGCUGGUCAAUACUCCAGCUUCUUCCUGUAUCUGCAACAGAUAAUGGGAUUCUCACCUGAAAGUGUCGCAGCUUUCAUUGCUGUUUUAGGAUUGUUGUCAAUUGUUGCACAGACAGUAAUUUUAAGUUUACUCAUGCGUUCCAUCGGGAACAAGAACACAAUCCUGCUGGGUCUGGGAUUUCAGAUUCUGCAGCUCGCCUGGUAUGGGUUUGGAUCGGAGCCAUGGAUGAUGUGGGCCGCGGGAGCUGUUGCCGCCAUGUCCAGUAUAACCUUCCCUGCUGUGAGCACCCUGAUUUCCCGCAACGCUGAUCCUGAUCAACAAGGUGUGGGUCAGGGCAUGGUCACGGGAAUCCGCGGGUUGUGUAACGGUCUCGGUCCGGCCCUCUACGGUUUCAUCUUCUACAUCUUUCAUGUUGAGUUGGACCAGGUCCCAGAGAAAGAUCCGGAUGUACAGCAACACCUCGAUCACCAACAGAGUGCAAUAAUCCCUGGACCGCCAUUCCUGUUUGGUGCGUGUUCUGUGCUGCUGGCGCUCCUGGUGGCUCUUUUCAUCCCCGAACACCCUCAUAUGGGUGCUCGUGCUGGCAGCUGGAAGAAGCACACAUCGCCCCAUGGGCACCCGCACAGUCCCCACCCACCCGGAGAGGCCAAAGAGCCCUUGCUACAGGACACUAACGUGUGAUUGGUUGUUUCACAAUGGCCGUAUUGGUCAAACCCUCAAUCGAUUGAGCAAAACGUUGCGCAUGGAGACUGUUGUCGUAUAUUGAAAUGUAAAGCUAUAUCCGAGCGGUCCCUCAGUCCUGCUUUCAUAGAUCGACUUUUGAGCCUAAUUCUCCAGGAACAUAGAUCUCCGUAAUCAGGAUUACAAGUAUCUUGCCGUUUCAAGAAUAGAGCACCACUUUUUAAAGAAAUGUAUAUAGAAGAACAUAUAUUUAAUGACGGUUCUGUCCAAAGGCACUAUUGCAAUGGCUUGUAUUUAUUCAUUUUAUUAUUGUUUAUUUCCGUUUUAAUGCGUUGCUCAUUCUGACUUCUAGUUCUUCAUUACCAUAGCUCACUCAGGGACAUUAGCCUUGUCAGGAAUGUUUCUGAACACAGUGUGUUCCUCCAUGAGAAGGGCCUAACGACAACGUAAAAACAACGGGCUUCCUUCAUGAAAUGAGAGCAGAGCGAAUUUCUGUGUAAAGCAGAACACAUUUAGUUUGUAAAACCGUUUGCAGAGAAUAAAUGCGAAAAUAAUUCGUAAUUCGGUGCAGAAACAGUAAAAACAUUCGCGUAAAUCGUUCGUAAAAAUUGAAGCAGAACUAAUAUUUACAUUUAUGCAUUUGGCAGAUGCUUUUAUCCAAAGCGACUUACAGGGACAAUCCCCCCGGGCAACCUGUAGUUAAGUGCCUUGCUCAAGGACACAGUGGCUGUGGGGUUCGAACCAGUGACCUUCUGAUUAACAGCCCUGUGCUUUAGCCACUAUGCCGAGUGGUGGUGACCACUCUGACUGCACACACAAAUGCAGACCUAAUAUUUGUUAAUUCUUCAUGAAACCAUUACAAAAAAUUUGCCUAAAUUGUUGCCAAAACAUUCUUAAAAAAUGUAAGCAGAACCAAUAUAUGCAAUUUGGGAAUUAUGUAUAUUGUUCCUUGAAUUGAAUAGUUUACAUAACAAUCAUUUAACUAACAAUUUACAGAUUUGUUUGGCUUGAGAUUACGAAUAAGGCACCAUUGUUGGUAAAACGUCAAACAGAAACAACUCUUCAAAUGUCCAUUUGAAAGAAUUCAAGUUUAACAAAUAUGUCUAAAUCAUCGUAAAAUCAUUCGUACUAAUAUUUUGACAAAUGGCCGUGAACUACGCUCCUGUUUCAUGAACGAGGCCUUGAUGUGAAUGUGCUGCGUUCAUGAGAUAAGUUUGAUAGGGAACGUAAUGAAUGGAUAAUCAUACAGAUUCCCAUCGCUUCGUCGUGAAUGGCCUUAAAUAACGGUUCAGCUUUGAAGUUUUUCGCUCUGAUUGUUGUACAGUUCCCUUUAUUUGUUGCUCAUAUAAUAAGCUGAUGCUUGUUUUAUUUGUACUACUUUGAAUCAAUGGUGCCUUCCCCAGCUUACAUUGCAUUGUUGACAGGAAUUGGUGAAGCCGGUGGGAUCUGAUUACAAGAUUUAAGGAUCCGUGUUAGCUGAUUAUCCUUCAGCCUCGCUGGGAAACGUUUGCAUAAAACACUUUGCCAAUUGACAGGGGUCAAAUUUGCCAGUGGCCUUUGUGUAUUUUUCAUUGAGACAGUAGAAUGGCUUGUUUUAAAAUACAAUAUUUGACCAAAUUUAAAGAUAUGUUAUUGAUGGGAGAGUAAUUAGUUGUUUUGGAUAUUUAUGAGAUUAGUUUUUGUAAUAUAUUCUCUUCGUCUCAGAAUACGGUGUGCUUUUUUUUUACGUUCUGUGGUUUUGUUGUGCUGGCUUCAUUGUACAUUUUAACUUUUAAUUGAACUAUGUACAUAUGUCACAAAGUAUCUAAACAUGCAUUAAAGUUAAGUAUUUUGAUGUAUGCGCG